AUGCCAGUUAAUCUUCAACCUUCUAUCGGUACUGCUGAUAUUAGCAAAAAAGAGAAACCAAGAGGAGAGGGUUCAAGAAGAAUGUCGACCAACUCACGACCUCCCCUAUCGCAUCGCAUACGGGCAUCAUUCGAAGGAAAGAAAUCCCAAGAUUCUACCAGUCCCAUACAUUCGAACUUUUCCGUUAGCAGUCUAACAGAUCCGGAAGUCCUUCGACAGGCAAUCGAUCAUGCUAUUUCUGGAGAUGCCUUCCAAGCUGGAAUUGCUUCCCACAUAGCAAAAUUGCUCAAACCUGAGAUCAAAACGGCUCUAGAUACAAUCGAACCACUUGUCAAUGCGGUUUUACAACAUGAGAUACUAUUAAAGAAGACCAAUAUUGGUUUGGACAGUGUUUUGCUGAGGUUGGGUCUGAUGACAGAUGAAGAUGGAGCAGUUGAUCCGACCAAAGCAAGACUCAGUGUUCAUGGCGCACUGAAUUCGCAUCCGACAUCAGAAGAUAUACCACUACCCUUGUCGUACACUUCAACGUCUGCUAUCCCAGGCUCUUUUUCCAACGACCGGCCAAAACCUCUCUUCAAUCGAAAUGUUACGCAUACGGCCGGAGAGCUAUCCCAGAUAUCCAACUCGCUGGAUCUCAAUAAUAAUAAAUUGGGAAGAGUGGUGGAAGGAAUUGCGGAGAUAACCAAUUUGUUAAGAUCAAACGAACGUUUGGGUAAUUUGAAAGAACGCCCGGAGAAGAAUGCUACCGACACUUCGGUGCAAACGCAAUUAGACGAAUUGCAGGGGAAUGUUAGGGUAAUCAUUACACGAAUUGGUAACGAUCUAGGCACGAAUGUAAAGGCCAUUAAUGAUCAUCUGGCUGGCGGAACACCCGGAUCAGAGACAGCGGUAGGAACCAAUGCGGCCGAUACUAAGCUUCUCCAUGCCAUAUCUUCUGGGUUGGAUUCUUUGAAGGGAAAUUUAGAUACAGGCACUGCGUCACAUAACGAAUCAUUGGGAUUGUUGAGAGAACAAGUUGCGGCUUUACAAUUAGCCCUCGAUGCCCAGAAGGUAAUAUUAGGAGAGAUCAAAGAAGCUGAUAACAGUGUCGAAGUUUUGGCCGGUAUACAGAAGUCAAAUGAUUCGCAUGAGGCGCAUACCGCGAUGUUGGGAGAACUCAAGGAGAAAAAUGUUCAGCCUACGGAUGUAUCCGCUCAACCAGCUUCCACUUCUGAAGAUGCAGAAACGCUUCAAAUCAUUUUGACAGAAGUGCAAAAAUCUAACGAGGCCCAUGAGAAACACCGUACUGCGCUAGAAGGCAUCAAAGACUCAGACACAAGUGCAGCCAUAUUAGCAGAAGUUCAAAAGUCUAACGACUCACACAUUGCUCAUGCAGCUACUCUAGAAGCUCUCAAGACUUCGCCUCCUCUACCAUCAGAAACAACUGCCUCCGUCGAUUUAGGAAACCUAGAGACCCAGAUGGGACGUAUUAUCGAAACGAGCACAGUAGUCUUGGCCGAAAUCCAAAAAUCAAACGAAUCACAUAUUUCUCACGCAGCUGCGUUGGAAAACAUUAAAGCCUUGCCAACGCCACCCCCUGAAAUUAUCCCGUCAAGCGUAGGAGUUGAUUUGAGAGGUCUCGAAACGAAUAUGGGAAGUAUAAUUGAAAAGCUAGAUAAUCACGCUGCAGUCUUGGAUGAAAUCAAGGCAAAGCAUGGUUCUGUGUCAACAGGAAUUGAUGCUAGGUCUUUUGAUGGCCAUUUUAGCUCGAUUACUAGUCUGCUGGAAGCCCACACAGCGACGUUGGAGGGAAUCAAAGCUACUGAUAUACCGACUACUGAUUUCGGUUCACUUGCUGCUGUGCUGGAGGCUCAUACGGCGACUUUGGAAGAGAUUAGGGCUAGGGAUAUUCCAAUGGCUGAUUUUAGCCUGAUUACUGCGAUGCUGGAAUCUCAUACUGCGGUUUUGGAGGAGAUUAAGUCUAAGAAUAUUCCCGUUGCCGAUUUCACUCCAAUCACUUCUUUGUUGGAAGCUCAUACUGCGGUUUUGGAGGAGAUUAAGACCAAGGAUGGAGGACCUAGCGUUGAUUUAAGCCCAAUUACUAAUAUGCUGGAUGCUCACACUGCGACCUUGGAUGAGAUCAAAUCGAAGGAUAUCCAGGUUGCUGACUUCAUUCCAAUUACUUCUAUGUUGCAACAUCACCACUCAGCAACUUUACAGGAGAUUAAGGCUCAGGACGGAUUAUCUAACAUUGAUUUUAGUCCAAUCACUUCUACUUUGACAUCUCAUAGUGCGAUUUUGGAUGAGAUCAAAUCGAAGGAUGUUCAAUCUAGCACUGCACCCGCGGCAAUCAAUAUGGAAACGUUCGAGACACAUUUCAAUUCGAUCACCGGUAUGCUAGCAGCACAUACAGCUGCUUUGGACGAGAUCAAGUCAAAGGCAGGUUCGUCUAACUCAGCUGUGCCUGCAGAAAUCAACACCGAAGCUCUCGACAAGCAUUUCGGUUCUAUUACUAGCAUGCUAGAAGCACACACGAUAGUAUUAGAGGAUAUCAAGUCAAAGGAUACUACACCUAGUAUCGGACCAACGGAGCUUAAUACUGUAGCGUUUGACGGAUACUUCAAUUCCCUGGCUGUUAUGCUAGAGUCACACACCGCGGCAUUAGACGAGCUCAAGUCAAAAAAUACUGAAUCUUCACGGUCAUUGAUGCCAAGAAGUGAAAAUGCUGAUUUUAAAUCUUUCGAAUCGCAUUUUACGGCUAUCAAGAGUGCACUUGAUGCUCACAUGGUUGUGCUUGAUGACCUCAAAUCCGAGGCCCUUGCCAAGAAUGAUUUGGAUGCGAUGGUAGUAGACAAUAUGCUAGAACCACGUAUCAUGGCUAUUAAGAGCACAUUGGAUGCACAUACUGCCGUUCUGGAGGAAUUAAAAUCCAACACCUCUACGACUAACGUUACUGCUUCUUCGGAAACUCGCAAUGAUACUCUACCUAAAUUACUGGAAACUCUCAGUAGCCACACGAAUCUACUAAGAGAAAUCAAGAAUGCAGAUGUUAAUGAUGAAAUUUUGACGGCGUUGCAUGAAUUACAAGAGAGGACCUCAACAGCUUUCAAUACUCUCAAAGAAUCGAAUGUUAGUGAUGAGAUACUAACUGCAUUGCAUACUUGCAACGACUCUCAAGAGAAGUUGGAUAAAUCGUUGUUGGAACUCCAGAUAGCGGUGAAAACUUCUGGGUCAUCUGAACAGAGCGGCGAGAAACCAAUUGUGCCCAGUGAAGAACUUGAGUCUCCAAAUGGUGGCGUGGAUCUGAGUGGACUGGAAACGCAAAUCAGCGCCGUAAUUGCGAUACUCGAGGGUCAGAAUGGGGUUCUGGGAGAGAUUAAGGGAGCUAUGAAUUCCGGAAUAGAGGCACAUAGCUCACAUACCACAGCUCUGGGUGAGAUCAAGGAUGUAACCAUUGCUUCAAAUGAAUCUCAUACGGCCCAUGGGGCAAUCUUGCUGGCAUUGAAAAAUGCAGCCAAUUCAUCGAAUGAAUCCCAUGGUACCCAUACUGCCACACUUGGAGUGAUAAGAGAUGCGACGGCUAUUUGGAGUAAGGCACAUAGUACCCAAAUCAUCUCUCUGGGCGAACUUAAGGAAGCAAUGCAGGUCUCUAAUGAAUCUCACAAUGCUCACACGAGCACCCUGGGAGAUAUAAGAGAGGCAACUGCUAGCUUGAACGAAGCGCAUCUUACGCAUGCUACUACCCUUGGUGAGCUCAAGGGGGCAAUAGAUGCCUCGAAUGAAUCCCACGCAUCCCAAGCUACCGUCCUGGAAGGUCUGGAAUCUAUUCAAUCAGCACAGUCAUCUCCGGAUACUAUCGUCGAGUCAACACCAGCAUCAGUCCUUGAUACAAGCGCAUUGGAUACUCAACUCACAAGCAUCAUGAGUACUCUCGAUUCACAAACAUCAACACUGGGAGAAAUUAAAGGAGCUCAUACCUCUCACACGAUAACUCUAAGUGAAAUUAAAGAAGCAACAUCUGCAUCCAAUGAAUCACACAAUUCGCACGCAGCCAUUCUGAGUGAGAUCAGAGAUUCGAAUUCCCCAAUCAAAGACAUAACUGAGGUUUUGGAAACGCAUACCAGUCUAUUGGAGGGUCUAAAAGAAGACGCCGAAUCAAAACAUGAUAAAGUGAAAGGUGAUAUUGAGGGAUUAGAAAGGAUUGUCGAGAAAACUUCAAGCAAGCACGAAGAGAACCUUUCGAGGCAUGAGGAGUUAAUCAAGGAACAUGGAGAUUUAGCCAGAGAGAAUCAUAAUGGGUUAAAGGGUACGAUUGCGGGGCUUGCUUUGGGCGGAAUUGUGGGGGCUGGAGUCAUGAAAGCUGUGGAGGGCGGGGAAGAUAAAGCUCUUGAUGUUGCUGAACAGGUUGAAGAAGUGCCGGAAAUUCUUACCGAAGAAGAUAAAAUUCUUGAGGAGCCGCCAGUAUUGGAAUCCGAGGUACCGGAGGUGGAAGAAUCAGCUUCUGAAUCUGCACAAUCGCAAAUAGAACCUCUCGUCGAAGACGAAGUCACAGUGGAACCGGAAGUAGAGCUAGAGGUCGAAGUCUCGGUGGAAGAUGAAAAGGCUGGAAGUGAAGAAGUGCUAGUAGAUCAAGAGCUAGAAGUAGAUGCUAUUUUGACCGAGCCCGAGGUAAUCGCCGAGCCCCAGGAGGAUGUUUUAAUACCGGGUCCUGCGCAAAUUGAACCGGAAUUAGAACCGGAAUUAGAUAUAGAAGCUUGUGUCGAGAAGGAAGCUCCAAUUGAAGAGCCAACUCCCGGGGAACCAGAAGCUCCUGCACAGGAAAUCGGAGUUGAAGAGAUAAUCUUAGCAGAAGAACAAUCAGAGCGAGCUGCUUUGGAGACUACAGACGAAACGCCAACUACUGAGCCCCUACAAGUUCAAGAGGAUCUUCCUACUGAAGAAACUAUUCCUCAACAGGAUCCUAUAUCAGUAGAACCCGAGAUACCAUCUGAAUCAAACUCAGAGGAUGACGAUGUAACGAGUACCAAAGAACCAGAGGUCAUUGAAAAAGCAGAAGAGAUUCGGACCCCCGUUUCAGAGUCAAUCGAAGACCCAGUUACUAGCCAAGACUCUCCUGUUAUGGAAGAACCUCAAGCACCCGAAAGCGAAUCAAUACCUGAUAGCGACAUCGUCCCAGAAUCAUCUAAAGGUGACUCGGAGCCCGAACAGAGCGCUGUUGUGGAGGAAAUACCUGUUGAGGAAGAGAUUAUUGCGGUGGAAGGGUCUGAGGAAGAAGCAGAUGGAGAGAGAAUUGGAGAUGAAAUACUUGGAGAUGGAGAUGGAGAUGGGGAUGAUGUUAUAGAUGGUGAUGAUUUGAAGUCUACCGAGGAAAAAGACCUUGUUGUAGAGGAAGAGAAGCCCACGGAGGAGGUGGUUCUAAAUACCGCAGAGGGAGAGAUACAUCAUCAUGUCAAUAAAGUCAUGCCAAUUGAAGAAGCGAAACCCGCUGAAGAAUCAAUUACAAAAGUCUUGACACAGAACGUUCCCGCCCAUUUAGAAGACGCUCUUCCUUUGAAAACAGACGGAAAGCUCCCAGAAUCUGAGGAACGUGAUACAGCAAGUUCCAGCUAUACACCUACAAUAAGCAAGGAUGACGCUGUUCUUUCAGAGUCACCGAUUGAGGUCGAAAAUCUGGUUCUUGAGCCUAGCAUUGAAACUUCCAUGAUGGGGAAUAAGGAAAUUUCUACCGAGCCCCUGAUUACCGAGUCUAGCAGCGAGGAUCAUCCAGUUAUUGAGGAAACGGUUCCAGAACCACCGGUUGAAACUCAAGAAACGGCUUUAGAAGCGGAAUCUCAAGAACUUAGAACGGAGGAUAUCUCUACCGCGACUACGGUGCAAGUUAUUGAGCCUUGUCAAGAGGAGGACUCCUUGGAACUAAUCGCAGAAACCGAACCCGAAAUCGAAACCGAAACCGAAACCGAAAUCGAGACACUUGUUCAGGAUUUGGGCGAUCAAAUUCAAAUUCAAAUUCAAAUUCCUGUUGAGAGUGAGAGUGAGAGUGAGGUACUUGUAAAGUCUGGAAAAUCUCUAGUCAGCAAUGAUAGCGACGGGGAGAUAUCUAGCGAAACGACAAAGGUCGUCGGAUUAUUGCUGGAAGAAAGCAUUCUGGAACCAAUUGUCGAAAGUGUGAUACCGAUUUCGGUGUCGGAGUUGAAGGAUCAUGAUCAAGAUUUACCUACCGGUACUGUGAAAAGGGAAAGUGAGGAGGGAUCUGUGGGAAUAGAGAAUUUGGAAAGAGAGAAUUUGGAAACCGAGAAUUUGGAAGUCGGCAAUGAGAGUAUAUCAAGCGAAAAUGCGGAGAUAUUUGUCGAUUCUAUACAAGGAGAAAGUAUUCCGGAAUUAGUCGUCGAAAGCGAGGCACUCGUUUUGGAGUCAAGUCAUCAAGAUCAACUUCCUGUUGAGAGCGAGAAGAAAUCUGUGGAAACAGAGAAUCCGGAACUCAGCAAUGAUGGUAUACCCAGCGAAACUGCGGAGAUGUUCAUGGAGCCCUUGCAGGAAGAAAGCAUUCCGGAAUUAGUCGUCGAAAGCGAGGCACCUGUUUUGGAGUUAAACCAUCAAGAUGAGCCUCCUGCUGAGGGCGAGAAGAGCGCCACGGAAUCCGAAAUCAGCGAGCCUAUUGGUCUAGACUCAGAAAGUGUGGAAGAUCUCCUCCCAUCGAUUGAGUGUGAGAAGAAGGCGUUGGAAAUAGAAAAUCAAGAACCUAAUCAUGAAGCUAUACCCACCGAAAUCGAAGAAAAUCCCGUGGAGCUCGCUGGAGACCAAAAUCCAGGCUCAAUCAUCGAAGCCGAGAUACCCGUUUCCGAGUUGGAUGCUCAACAUCAAUUUCCUGUUCAACGCGAAGAAAAUUCUCUGGAGCCUGAGGUAGGCGAACCUAUUGUCAAAGAGCUGCAAAAUUCGGAAGAACAGCUUUCGCCGCCAAUAGGCGAUGAAGAAACGGUAAUUGAGACGACAACGAAAGACGCUGUUCAUGACUUAGUGAUUGGGCAUGACGCGCCAGAAUCAAUUGAAGAAGCCCAAAUUAUUGCCAAAGACGAGGAAACACCUGAAUCAAUCGAAGAACAGGUCGUCGAGAUACCUAAUGAAGGACCAGCCACCGAGAGCCAGUCCCCGAUAUCUAACGAAGAAGAUUACGUCGUGGAGGAAUCACCAGAAGAAGACACUCCGAAUGCAGAAGUCAAGAACGAGAAUCUCGCAGGUAUACCCGAAACAAGCGAAGAGGUUCAACUUUUCGCCGAAAAUGAGGAGAAGCCAAUCUCGAUGGAAGAACAGGUCAUCGAGGCACCCCACGAGCAAGAAGCUCUCGAGAAUGAAUUCUCUGUGCCUGAAGCUGCUAUUAUAGAAGACAUAGAAGAUGCCAAAGUUCGAGAGGAAAUCGCUGCCCUAAACGCGGAGCUGGCGAUGAUUAUGGCUGGGGAGGAGGGAAAAGGGAGAGAUCCAAUGGUCAAUGAGACAGAAAAGUCUGGAAGAGAUGACACUUUAGUUGCGGCCGAGAUAAUUUCUAGAAAUGAGCCAAAGGAAUUGCAGGUCAAACAUAAUACCGAAGAACCUAUCGAUAUUCCGGAGGAACAACCACCGAUGGAGAGCCAGGAAUGUUUGGAAGAACAACUUGAGACCGAGUCACUACACACCGAUGUAAUCGAGCUGAAAGAAGAGCAAAUGGACUCUGUGGCUGGCGAGGACAACUCAUGCGAACCUAGCCAAGAAGAUAUUUCUGAAAUGCCUGUCGUAACAUCAAGCGAUUUGAAGGAAGAAACUUCUCGCACAGAGCCCAAGAUCGAAACGUUGGAGAAUACUAUCAUUCAAUCUAACAAUGAGUUGCUCCAGCACGAGGAAAACAUUCCGAAAGACAAACAAGAUUUUACUCAAGGCCAGACACGAAUUGCUGAAGAUGAGAAUACACCCGAAGAAAAGUCUCUCGAAGUCUCUGCUGAAUCCGAAGAAAGAAUUUCCGAAAGUCGGCCGAUAGCCGGAGAGCCUGAGGACGAAGAUAUCAGCAAUGAAAUUGUACCUGUCGCGGUUGAAUACGUACCUGGAGAAGGGGAAGUGCUAAAAACUGAAUCAGCUUCUAUCUCAGUUCCCGUCGAAACUGAGUCAAACGAUCGUGAAAGCAGACAUAUAAUUGAUGAACGUGUCCUUUCGACCGACAUUGAGGGAAAUCAAAGUUUGCCCGAUCGACCCGAAUCAGAACCUACUAUUGACUCAGAGCCACAAAUAUUGGAAGCAGAAACCAUCCCUGAAGACGUCGCCUUCGAAAUUGGAUCGAAAGAUUCUGAGAGCGAAACGGAACCCGUACUUAGCUCUGUCCAAGAGAGUUCGACUAUUGAAUUGGAACCCGCGGUCGAUAAUCGCCCAGAUGUAGAGGGUGAGAGUCAAGAAUUGGACAAUGGAAGAUUACCGGUCGAGCAUCUUGAAGUUAUCGAUACACAGCCAAGCUACGAAGAACACUCAAAGAACGCCAGUAGCGUGGAAAUUGGGGAGAGUGUUCCCCUAGAGAGCGGAAUUCUUCACGAAAACCUCGGCGAUUCAAAAGAGUUGGAGACGAAAUCGGUGAUCCCAGAAAAUACAUCUAACCAAACUGCUGGCAGCGAGCCGGAUGAGGACAAUAAUACCGCUGAGGAGAAAAUCCAAGAAUUCGAGUACGUGGUGGAAAUUCAAUCGACUGAGUCUAGUCACGAAGAAAUUUCCACCGCAGAUAAAAGUCAGCAUGAUAGCGAACCAGCCCAAGAUGAAAUCGCCUCCAAUAUUCCUCUUCCCAGCGAACUGAUUCAAGACGAGCCGAUUGCCUUAGAGGAGGAAGAAUAUUCUAACACUCAAUUUUCGCCCGCUCGAGAUACCGUUCAGAUCGAGAACCAUCCGAUCUCCGAAGAUGUCAUUCCAGUCGAGAGUCGAAUCGCUGAGAGUGGUUCCAUUCUUCCGAAUGAAGAUGAAAUUGAGUCCGAGGGCGAGCCAGUUUCCAGAGAAGUGCCAGUCGUGUCUGAUAAUCAAUAUAUUUCCGAAGAAAGUAUUCCUUUGAAGUUGGAGCCCGUCCUUGAUAGCGAGGAAACGGCGAUCGAAGAAAGUAAUGAGCAUACACCACAGGACGACAUCUCUCACGAUCAAUUUGAGAGCCAAAUCAUUCCACAAAUCGAAUCACAGAUACAACCUAUCAUAGAAGACGUUCCUACUGUACCGGAGAGUUCCGAGCUUCCUGAAGAUUCUGUCUCUCUCGAAGACGAAGCCUUGAUUGAGAGCGGUAAUUCUGUGAUAGAGCCAACGGAUGAUCAAGUUUUGGAAAACAAUCAAAAUGUUUCAGACGAGAUACGCGCAGGAAGAAAGGACGAACUGACAUCUGAAGAUAACAUAUCCAUUUAUCCUCAAAACGUCGAGCCAAAGUCUGUUGUGGAGAACUAUAGACAAGAACAAGGCUUUCCAAGUCAUAAGCAAUCACUGGAACCAAAAACAUCAGCCAGUGACCACAUCGAUGCCGACCGAUCAGAAAGAAAAUUAAAGCCAGAAGCCACCCAGCUCGACUUGAAGGAGGCUUACUCAACUAGUCAAGCCCAUAUUAACGAUCCUGAAGCUGCAGUGAAACAAAGAUAUUCAAGCUUUGAGGAAACUCCUCUUGAUACACGAACAUCAUCUAAUCACCAAGAAAAUAGCGAGCGAUCGGAGCCAGAGUUAGAGACUACCUACGCUAGUCCAAAUUAUCGGCAAGGCCACUUAUCAGAAUCCCACCCAACUCAAAAUAUUCACUUCAACGACCCCGAACUUGCACAGCACCAACCAAUAAUACCCGCAGAUCAAAUGAUGCACCAAAAUGACACACCAACAAGCCUACCAACAGCUCUGAGUGCGAAAAUGUCAACCGAAACGUUACCUGCAGGUGAAGAGUCGCGACGACCUUCAGUAUCUCCUGAAUCUGAUUUGAGGUUACCGGUGAAAACUUCAGAAGGUGUUGAAUCGAUCCGCGAGAAUCCUGGCUCUGGAACCGAGCCCAUCUAUCCAAUUCAUGACGAGCCAGUACGAUCUUCUACAUCUUCGCGUUUACCAAUCAUGAGCCCAAGAGCCGCAGACAACAUCACAGAAGAUCCUAAACCUGAGAGUCAAAGCAAUUAUCCCAUCUACAAUAAACCAGAACCAGAACAAUCCUCCAGCAUUUCGCAAGGAUUUAACAUUAAUGCACCUGAUGCACCAAUAAAAAAUCAAGACGCCAAUCAAACCAUCUGCGAAAGUCCCCGGUCCGGGUCUGAAACCCUGCUCGGUCACUCUACGCAUGACGAGCUAGCAGUACGGUCUUCUGAAUCAGAAUCACCACUGGUACAGGCACAGGCACAGGGAUUUAACUUUGGUUUACCGGGCACUAGUACGACGCCUGUGGAGUCUCAGCGGGAAAUACGAGAGCUGGAAAUUCGCCAGCCGGAAAAUGUAAAUGUGAAUAGGAGGAGUAAUGUUCGGGAUCUGUUGAGGCAAUUUGAAGGGGGUGAGUCUUCGUCGCCUUCAUUAGCAUCAUCAUCAGCAUCAUCGCAAAAUCGACUUAGCGUUUCUUCACCGCGAGAUCGUGUUGGUACCGGUUCUUCUAUUCCGCGCCUCGUGGAUAUCAGAUCGUCUGGGAGAGAAAAUAAGUUGAGUGGGGAAGGUGGUAGUGAGGGUGAGGGUGAUGGGAAGAAAAGGGAUGCUGGAGAGGGCAAAAUAAUGAUUUGGGGAAAGGGGGAGAGGGGGAGAGGGGAAGAGGGGGAGAGGGGAAGAGGGGAAGAGGAAGAUGGGGCAAGAUUGUGA